ACCAAGCGGCCUAGACCACCUUCUCAAGCCCCAACCUAGCUCUCUCUCUCUCUCUCUCUCUGAUACAAAGCCAUGGCCAUGGUGGUUGUGAAGGUCAUCGUGAUCAUCGCCAUAACCAUGGCUUUGUCCAUUGCUCUGGCCAUGAAAAGCAUUGGCGAAGUGGAGGAAAAGAUGCCUUUUCCACACACUGAUCAGAAUUCUUACGAUUAUCCGAAAGAGCUGCCCAUUAAGGAAAAGAAAGUACUGCAAUUGCCUUCAAAAAGGUUGAGUCGCUUCCUUGCUGAGAGGAACCCAAAUGCAGCCGACCACUGCAACAAGGACGAGGAAAUAUGUUAUGUCAAAGAAGGCACAAACUACACCUGCUGCAACAACAAGUGCGUGGAUUUGUCCACUGACAAAGACAACUGCGGUGCAUGCAAGAACAAGUGCAAGUAUACCGACGAGUGUUGCAGAGGGGAGUGCGUGGAAGUGGCUUACGACGAGAGGCACUGUGGUUCCUGCAAUCACCCUUGCAAAACAGGCGAAUAUUGCUUUUACGGAUUGUGCAAUUAUGCGUAAUUAAUUAGGUGCGGUCCAAGUAAUAUUGGUUGUGAGGCUUGUGAAUUUUAUUCACAAUUAAUACAAUAAAAUACCACACAUAUAUAAUGUUUGGUGGUUCUCAAACAAUAUUAAUUAAUAUAUCAUGUAUAGUCAAUAAUUUUCCAAAUUUACAUUA